AUGGCAACCACAACUUCCAAAUACUCCAGCACCCGGUAUCAUGACCAAUCGUUAAGGGAAUUCUUCAGCUUCGAGGAAGUUGUGCUCAAGGGGUUGGCGUCUGAUGGAGGCUUGUUCCAUCCUCAUGCCGUGCCCAAUGUCAGUUCAGAGUACUUGAAAUGGAAAGACUUCUCCUUUUCGGACCUGGCUUUCCAGGUCAUGAGACUGUACAUCGACGAGCAUGAAAUCUCGGAUCAAGAGCUCAAAUCAAUUGUCGACCGGAGUUACUCGACUUUCAAGCACCCAAAGACGGUGCCGUUGGUCACGUUAGACGAGAGCAAGAAUCUCCAUCUACUGGAACUCUUCCACGGACCUACCUUUGCUUUCAAAGAUGUUGCCCUGCAGUUCUUGGGAAAUCUCUUCGAAUUCUUCCUCGUGCGCAAGAACCAGAAACUGGAGACGGGCCAUGCGCGCCAUCACCUUACAGUGAUUGGGGCGACCUCGGGCGACACUGGAUCGGCAGCUAUCUACGGGCUGCGGGGGAAGAAGGAUGUCAGCAUUUUCAUCAUGUUUCCUGACGGCAAAGUCUCGCCAGUCCAAGAAGCACAGAUGACGACUGUUCUUGACCCCAACGUACAUUGCUUGAGUGUCCAAGGUACGUUUGACGAUUGCCAGGAUUAUGUCAAGGCUUUGUUUGCAGAUCCCGAAAUGAAUAAAAUCCACCACUUGGCGGCUGUCAACUCGAUUAAUUGGGCGAGGAUAUUGGCUCAGAUCACUUAUUACUUCUAUGCCUACUUUCAGCUUCUCAAACAGCAGCCUAACCUGAAGGAGGUCAAAUAUGUGGUACCAACUGGCAACUUCGGUGACAUCUUGGCCGGUUAUUAUGCGAAGCGUAUGGGACUACCAGUGGCGAAACUUGUGAUCGCGACCAACGAGAAUGACAUCUUGCAUCGCUUCUGGCAGACGGGCUCAUACACAAAGAAGCAGAAGCCAGCAGAGGAGCCGCACGAAGGCGUCAAGGCAGACGGUGCUCAGGCGCAUGAGGAUGGCGUCAAGGAGACAUACAGCCCCGCCAUGGAUAUUCUUGUGUCUUCGAAUUUCGAACGGCUCCUCUGGCACUUGACCCUAGAACACGAGCUCGAUCAAAACCCCCACGUCAAAGUCGAAUCUUCAGUAAGAGUCGCUGGGUCAAAGAUUGAUGGUUGGUUCAAAGAGUUGAAACAGACUGGAUCAUUUACCGUGGAUAGGCAAAUUUUGGACAAGGCGCGUGACAUCUUUGGCAGCUCUAGAGUCAGCAACUUAGAAACUCUGGAAGCCAUUCGAGAUUGCUACAGAGGGGACGCCAUCUCCAAGAAAGGGUAUGUGCUUGAUCCUCACUCUGCGAUCGGCGUGGUUGCGAGCUUGCGAGAAAUCUCGGCUGCCGGCUCAGCAUCUAAGGUGCCAAUCGUGUCGCUAGCGACGGCCCACCCUGCUAAAUUUGCCGGCGCAGUCGAAUUGGCCUUGCAGGAAGAAAAGGGUUUCGACUUCAGCAAGAUCCUGCCUCAAGAAUUUAUCGGGUUAAGCGACAAGGAAAGAAAGGUGUUGAAGGUGUUGGCGACGGAGGGACUGGCUGGGAUUCGCCAGAUCAUUACCCGAGAGGUGGAAAAGGAAAAAGAGGUUGGGCAAAACGGCGCUUGA